CUUGAGCCCGAUUCAGGUCCCGGAGCUUUCCUUCUUCUCCCUCCUGCCCCCAUCCCUUCCCUUUUCUCUCUACUCCUCCCCACCUCUUUCCCCGCAGAGCUGAUGGUUUUUCUUCUGGGAAAGUCGAACCACUGAUGGAGCCGAGAAGUCACUGCUGGCUCUAGAGGGAAAGCACGCGGCAGCGGCGCGGGCGCUGUCCAGCGUGCUGAAGCCGGAGCCAGAGAAGCGCCCGGAACCGCGCCGACCCCGAGCGCUCGAGCCAGCCCAGCACCUCCCCACCACCAGGACGGAGCCAGAUCUCGACCGUACCCCAGCCACCGCUCGGAGCCGAGGCGGACGCGUUCCCGAUCGUCCCCUGUUCCCCACCCCGUUCCCGACCCUCCUCUUCCUCCUCCUCUCCACCUCCCGCAUCGGGACACCAGCUGUCUCCAGCAGUCUUUUGGCCAUGAAACUGUGGAGGGUGCCGGCGUCCGCCCUCUUCGGCUUCCUUCUACUGAUCCCGGGGCUUGGAGCAGCGCCCCCGGGGCGCCCCGAGGCGCAGCCACCUCCCCUAGGCUCUGAGCAUAAAGAGCCGGGAGUUGGAGACAUAGCGCCGGGGCCAAAAGCGGCCAGCGCCCCCGAGGUCCGAGCCGCUCGAAAUUCAGAGCCGCAGGAGGAGGGAGAGCUUUUCCAAGACGUGGAUCCCCGGGCGCUGGCCGCGGUGCUGCUGCAAGCGCUCGACCGGCCGGCCUCGCCCCCGGCACCCAGCGCUUCCCAGCUGGGUGGACCCGAAGACCCAGCGGCCGAAGCGCUCCUGACCGAGACCGUGCGCAGCCAGACCCACAGCUUCCCGGCGGCGCCCGAAGCCCCAGAACCCGCGGCCCCGCCUCGCUCUCCGACCCCGGAGAACGGUGCCGAGGAAGGCGACCCCUCGGAGGAGCUGGAGACGCUCGCCGCCCUGCUCCAGGAACUGCGAGAUUUCAGUCCGAGCAGCGCCAAGCGGCAGCAAGAGACCGCGGCCGCGGAGACCGAGACCCGCACGCACACGCUGACCCGAGUCAACCUGGAGAGCCCCGGGCCGGAGCGCGUGUGGCGCGCGUCCUGGGGCGAGUUCCAAGCGCGCGUCCCGGAGCGCGCGCCGCUGCCGCCCCCCGCGGCCCCGCAGUUCCCGGUGCGGGUGCCCGAGAACCGUCCCCUGGCCGAAGCCCACCAGUUCGGCGAGGGCGCGCCCUCCGCCAAGCUCCACCUGGGCGAGGCGCUGGCACCCCUGUCCAAAGCGUACCCGGGCCUAAGCGUCCCCUUCCCUAAGGCGCGCCGGCCAGAGGGUGCCCUCCUGGGCGGCUCCGAAGCCGGGGAGCGCCUUCUCCAGCAGGGGCUGGCGCAGGUGGAGGCCGGGCGGCGGCAGGCCGAGGUGACCCGGCAGGCCGCGGCGCAGGAGGAGCGGCUGGCCGACCUCGCCUCCGACCUGCUGCUCCAGUAUCUGCUGCAGGGCGGGGCCCGGCAGCGCAGCCUGGGGGGUCGCGGGCUGCAAGAGGAGGAGGAGGCGGAGGAGAAGGAGAAGGCGCGCGGGAGCGUGAGGGAGGAGGGCGAGGAGGAGCCGGAGGAGGAGCAGGAGGAGGAGGAGGAGGCGGAGCAGGAGAGGCGCGGCGGGGUGGGCCGGUUCCCGGGGGACGAGGACGCCGAGGCGGCGGCCGAGGCGGAGGCGGAGGCCGAAGAGGCGGAGAGGGCGCGGCAGAACUCGCUGCUGUUCGCCGAGGAGGAUGAGGACGAGGACGCCGAGGCCGGGGCCGAGGACAAGCGCUCGCAGGAGGAGACGCCGGGCCACCGGCGGAAGGUGGCCGGGGGCGCCGGGGAGGGCGGGGAGGAGGCGGACGACGACGAGGAGGAGAUGGACCCGCAGACCAUAGACAGCCUCAUCGAGCUGUCCACCAAGCUGCACCUGCCGGCUGACGACGUGGUGAGCAUCAUCGAGGAGGUGGAGGAGAAGCGCAAGAGGAAGAAGAACGCCCCACCCGAGCCCGGGCCACCCCCGCGAGCCGUCCCCGUCCCCACUCGCGCCCGUGCCCCGCAGUCCCCGCUCCCCGCUCCGGCCCCGGCCCCGGCUCGGGACGAGCUGCCCGACUGGAACGAGGUGCUCCCGCCCUGGGAUCGGGAGGAGGACGAGGUGUUCCCCCCGGGGCCCUACCACCCUUUCCCCAACUACAUUCGGCCGCGGACACUGCAGCCCCCGGCGGCCGCCCGCCGCCGCCACUACCACCCAGCGCUGGCCCCCGGGCGCCACUACCCGGGCCUGGAGGCCCAGGCGCGACGCGCGCAGGCGGCGGCGGUGGCGGAGGAGCGGCGGAUGCAGGAGCAGGAGGAGAUGGAGAAUUACAUCGAGCGCGUGCUGCUCCACCGCCCGUGACCCGCCCCGCCGCCCCCCUCCGUGUCGCCCCUCUCCUCCCCUCCCUCCCUCGGUGUUUGCAUGCGUCCCGGUUCCGACCCGGCCGCCGCCAGGUCCCGCCCCGCCCCGCCUCGUCCCGGGCCGCGCCAGGCACCGGCCCUAUCGCUUCCAGGGUCCUCAGUUCCCACGCCCCCAAAUCGCCCACGGGGAUAUGGGGGCGGCUCCGGGGAUUCCCCCCUCCCGAACCGGCGCCGGCGGGCGGGUGGCUCGUGUGAGCCCCCGUUCCCCAUGGGGCUUGCAUUCCUGUGAGUUGCCUCCGGCUAACCCUCGGAGCGCCGCCUCCCUCUCUCUCUCUCUCCCUGACCGGAUCGGUCGCUGUGAACUAACCCCCCACUACUUUCCUUUCUCUGUUGUAAAUAACCCCUCACGGAGGAAAUAGUUUUGCUAAGAAAUAAAAGUGACUAUUUUA